AUGAUGAACAAGAAAAUAAACAUACCAGAUAAUCUGCCCGAGGAUUUGGUAGUGGAGAUACUCUCUAGGGUUCCAGUGGUGUCUUUGUUACGAUUAGGAGCUACAUCCAAAACAUGGAACGUUCUGAUCAAAGAUGGGAGGGUUGCUAAGAAACAUUAUGACAAUAAUGCUCCAAGACGACCAAGGCACUCUCUGAUUAUCAUGUUGAUUGCUUUUAGGGUUUAUUUGGUGAGCGUCGAUCUUCAUCAAGUUUACAAUAACAAGGUAAAGAUAAUAAGUCAAUUUAGCCUAAAAGAUCCGGUUUAUAAUUGUUUAAAAGAAGUUGAUAUUCGCAACAUCUUUCAUUGCGACGGCUUAUUGCUAUGCACCACCAAAUACAAUAGACUAGUUGUUUGGAAUCCGUGUUUGGGAGAAACUAUGUUGAUCAAACCAAGUCGUUUCUACGAGGACUCGGAUAUCUAUGCUCUCGGUAAAUCCUCAUGCAACAAGUACAAGGUCUUGAGGAUAAAUCACUAUGGUUAUUAUCCUAGCGUGCCACUAUUACUUGAAUGUGAAAUCUAUGACUUUACCUCUAAUUCGUGGAGAGUUGUUGGCAAGACUAGCAGCUGGUUGAUACAAGAGUGGAAGAGCUGUGGUAUGUCUGUGAAUGGAAACACAUAUUGGCUUGCUAAUCCCUCUAAAGACACAAGUAGGGAUUUUUUACUUGGCUUUGAUUUUUCGACCGAGAGAUUUACAAGCGUCUCUCUUCCGGGUGAUCAUCGUAUGUAUGAUUAUCUUAUUGCUUUAUCUGUGACUAGAGAAGAUCAAAAACUUUGUAUGUUAGCAAGACGGGCGAGGAGGCCAACGAUUGGUGAUUUAUGGAUUGCAACCAAGAUUGACAGUAGUACUGGAGCCGCGUCAUGGGCCAAGUUUCUAUCGCUCGAGUUGGUUGGCAAGCCUGUUUCCUUUGUUAGUGGGAUAAACUUCUUGUUGGACAAGAAGGACAAUGUUUUAGUGUGUCGCGGUAAACCUGGAGCCUCCACCUAUUUCUUACACGUUGUGGGAGAGGAUAAUAAGUGUAUACAAAUGGAUCAUCAUGAUCCAAAAUCUACAUGCUCACUUCUCGUCAAUUAUGUUCCCAGUUUGGUUCAAAUCAACCAAAGUUUAUAGUUCUUGCAGUGAGGCAAAUGGGAAUUAGUAGCUAGAAAUCUAUGAUUCUUACACUAGGGCCGUCUUUGGCAUUUUAUAUCCUAAGUUAUGAAUUAUAUAUCCAUCCAAAUCUUAGAUAUAGAUCUGAUUGUGAAAGAAAUUGGAAUAUAUAUGUUAUGAAUAAUUAUUAAUAUUAUAUGGAUGUCCAUUAUAGACC